AUCUGUUUUGAGGUGAUCGGUGAAGUUUGAAGUGUCGAAUCUGCGGCGCUUGGGACACACUGGUGAUGACGCCACGCUCUCAACAGCGGCUCCAAGUUUCGCAUCUGGUUGAAGAUAAUAUUAUUAGCCUUAAGAUAAAGCGUUACCUAUCCGUAAUCUCGAUCUGUAAGCGGCCUCACCGACCUCAGAAUCACACUACAGAUGUGUCUUAUUCGGGGUUGAGACUCAAAUUUUGGGGCUGCUGUUAAUCUUCCCAUCAAGCCGGUUUGGGGACGUGUGUUUGUCCUCCUCAUCUCCUGCGAGAUGGGCAGUCAUUUCCGCAGCUACGUCUGGGAUCCAGUCCUCAUCAUCUCCCAGAUUAUUCUCAUGCAGUGCAUCUACUACAGCUUCUUGGGUCUGUGGUUGGCUGGUGUUGAUGGUUUGGUCCAUACCAGUAGAUCACUCGACCAGAUGUUCAGUUACGAGGUUCUUGGCUUUUCAACAACACAAGGUCGCUUGUCUAUGAUGGCUUUCAUUCUGAAUUCUCUCACAUGUGCUCUUGGCCUGUGGUUUUUCAUCCGACGGGGAAAGCAGUGUCUGGACUUCACCGUGACGGUGCAUUUCUUUCACAUGAUCGGCUGCUGGAUCUAUAACGCCCAUCUCCCAGCCGCCCUGUCAUGGUGGUUGGUUAACGUGGCCUGCAUGGCCCUCAUGGCGGUCAUCGGCGAGUACUUGUGCAUGCGGACAGAGCUCAGAGCCAUCCCUGUCAACACGGCACCCAAAUCCAACCUAUGAGGACUGUUUAGAGACAGAUGUGCCACAGCUGGUGUGUACGAGGUUGCGCAUUGGCAGGACUGGCGUGUUGACAGAUGCUGCUGUGGUUUUCUGAGCAGAAGUGACUUGGAUGUUUUGGUCACAUCACUGUAUUUAAUCCAGAUGACGUUGAGAUGGUCCACGUGAGUUUCAUGCAGCAUCGCAUGAUGACCCUGCGACUUCCAUCAGUCAGCAUUAUGAUGGCAUUUGCAUCAUUUCAAAAUUACUAUUGUAAUUAUUCUUAUUUAGGACCAACACUUUAUCAUUCAUGGAUGGCUACUGAAAAUAUGAAAGUGAUGGUCUGUUUUAAAAGCACAGAAAGCAUCAUGUGUAAAUCUUAAUCUAAAUAAAAUGCUAUGUAUUGGAUAAUGGUUCCUAUUGCUUUGGAAAGAAAUAAGAUAUUGUUAAGCGGUUUUCAUGUUUUAUCAAGUCAUCCUUUUACAAAUACCAAUGGCAGAAUUUCAUUGACCUUAGAUGUAGUUUAUUAAACGCGUUUCAGUCAACAUGAAAUCAAAACUGACCCUAUUUGCUUUCUUGAUUCAUGUUCUUGUUGAGCAUGGUAUUCCAAAAGUCUAAGGGUUUUAUUGUCAUUGAAUAUCCUAUUUCUCUCAGAUGUCUCACAUUAGGGAAGUAAAAUGGGUUGCUAAUAAUGUGUCAUGUUUACUCUCAUUUAUUUUGCAUUCAGUUUUGACCCAAAUGCCCGUCAGAUUUCGACCAGUAUCUCUUCCAAGAUUUAUUUGCUAUGAGUAUUUCAGUGAUAUAUGAACCUUAAACUUCUUGAGAAGGUAUGAGGUAAAUCAAAUCAACUGCAUUUUUCACUUAUUCCGCAAUAAAUAAGAAGCUGCAACAUC